AUGUCAAUUGUCAUAGAAGAGCUGGGGAGAACCGAAAAUGAUAUACAACUACCCGUAUUUCCAACCGAACCAGAACCAAUACCAUCCCCAAUUCCCACUCCUACAAUAGUAACCUGGGACGGACCAUCCGAUCCUCACGAUCCAUUCAAUUGGUCCCCCCGCAAAAAAUGGCUCGUAAUCACUCUCGCACUUCUUGCCAGCUUCAUCUCCUCCAUGAACGGUACCAUCCUAUCCGUCGCGCAUAAUCCCAUCAAUACCGAAUUUCACAUUUCUGAUUCGCACUUCCCGAACUCCUAUUGGCCUAUCGCAUCAUGGGGAGUCGGAGGCGCAAUCUUCUCGCUUGUUUUGUUUCCCGUCAUGGAAGAUUUUGGGAUUCGACCGGUGUUUCUUGGCACGUAUUUAUUGUUCGUCGCCUCCUUGAUUCCGAUUGGGUUUGCGAGGAAUUUUGAAACGUUGGUGGUGGUGAGGUUUUUUAGUGGCGGGUGUGUACAGCUUUUGAGUAAUGCGGUGGCGGGAGUUAUUUCGAAUGUUUGGAGGGAUGAUAGGGAGAGGAGUGUGCCGAUUAGUUUGUAUGUGACUACUUAUCUUGUUUCAACGAGUAUGGGUCCUGUUAUUGGUGCUGCAAUUCUGCAAUAUCUGGAUUGGCGUUGGAUCGGACAUAUUGAGUUGAUAUGGACAGUUGCGUUCUUCCCCCUCUUCAUAUUCUGUCUUCCAGAGAGUCGUGGCUCCGCUAUUCUACUAGCUAAAGCAAAACAACAACGUCAGGAAGGAACAGAAAUAUACACAGCAGAAGAACUCCAUAAGCAGCCCAUCCACAAAAUCCUCAUCAAAAGCGUUCAAAGACCCCUCUACAUGCUCCUCACCGAAUCUGUCGUCUUCAUCGCCACUCUCUGGGCAGCAUUCAGUCUCGGAACCAUAUACCUCUUCACCCAAUCCGUUGAGCAGGUCUAUUCCCAACUCUAUAAUUGGAAUAGUUUACAAGCUGGAUAUGUACAGCUUGCGAUCGCCAUUGGCGAGUGCGUAGGUUGUUUACUCUGCAUGUAUACCAAUUCCUGGUACUACGAUUCUGCGUCCCGAAAUACAGAAGUCCCUGGAACCCCCAUCCCCGAAGCACGUCUAUAUCCCUCUGUAAUUGGCGGGUUCUUGGGAGUCACGGGCGGAAUGUUUCUCUAUGGAUGGACAUCCCUUUCCUCUCUGCACUGGCUCAUCCCCACGAUUGGACUCUUCCUCGUGGGCUUUGGAACAUCGGCAAUCAUCAUCAGUAAUGCGAAUUACCUCGUAGAUGCAUAUAGCAAGUAUGCGGCGAGUGCGUUGGGCGCAGUGGGAUUGGUGGAGAAUAUCGCGUUGGCUUUUAUACCAUUGGCGAGUGAGAGGAUGUAUACGGAUUUGAGAUUUCAGUGGGCGAGCUCGCUGUUGGGGUUUGUGAGUCUGGGACUGGUGGCGACGCCGUUUGCGGUAUUUAGGUGGGGGAAGGUAAUUAGAGGAAGGAGUCCGUUUAUGAAGGAGGCGGUAUUGGAGAAGAGAGGUUUGAUGGUUGGAGAUGAGGGGGCGGGUGUGGGUGUGAGGGAGGUUUGA